AUGGCGCAUGGCAGAGGCGGUUCCCGGCGGCUGCAUGCGCGUCUACUCGCGGUGGUCGGGCUCCUCGCCUGCGCCGCCGUCGCGCCGCGCUCCUCGGCGCUCAACGUCGGCCUCCAGACCCUCGACGCCGACGCCGACGGCGUGAGCAAGCAGCAGGCGUGCAGCCGAACGUGCGAGUCCGACCACUGCACGACGGCGCCCUUCCUCCGGUACGGCAAGUACUGCGGCAUCCUCUACAGCGGGUGCCCCGGCGAGCGGCCGUGCGACCCCCUCGACGCCUGCUGCAUGCACCACGACAACUGCGUCCUCGUCAAGAAUGACUACCUGAGCACGGAGUGCAACGAGGGCCUGCUGGAGUGCCUGGCGGAGCUGCGGGCCGGCACGGGCACGUUCGAGGGGAACAAGUGCAUGAUCGACGAGGUCAUCGACGUGAUCACCGUCGUCAUCGAGGCCGCCGUCGUCGCCGGCCGGGUCCUGCACAAGCCCUAG